CACACAGCAAACAGCAGUAUCGCGCAGCAGAGCAGGGAGGAGGGGCAAUGGCCGCCAUUCAGGAACACGAAGCCGGGGGCUUGGGAGUGAUACGUCUAGAGCCCAUUGGAAUCAAGCUGGGCGCGACAGGGAUUUCCAGUGCGUACGACGAUCAGUACCCCCCGGAGCUGGAUGGCUGGAUGACCACGGAGGAGUGGUUCGAGUGUAUUGGGAGAAUAAACAGGGCGUUGAUGGAUCGAUUCCCGUGCGGGUUGUGUCGCCUACAGGCGUACUGCUUCUGUCCCUGCACCUUGGGCCUUUCUCUGCUGAGCAUGAGGAAGGAGGCCAAGGAAAUUGAGCGAGGGGUUGGGGAGGUGGUCAAGACCGUAAACCAGAACCUCGAGGCGAGGAGAAGGUCCGUCCGCUUCGGCUUCCACCGCACCUUCUGCUCGGCGUGGGUGCAGGUGGAGUACGGGUCAAAGGUGGGGGCUCUGCCACCACCCCUAUUGCCAGCAGCAGCUGGCGACUCAGCACGGGGCUCGUCACUGGCGGGGUCACCAACUGCUGUCGGGGGUUCGGGCGCCACCACAGACCCUAGCCGCGAGCGGGAGCAGCCGUACAGCGCUGAUGAGGGGGGAGGAGUCCGAAAAGCUGCUCCAACGACGGUGGCGGCGAUGACUAGCGGGGCGAUGCAGCCGCUCGGAGAAGCGCUACUGGAGCCAGGGAACGCGGCAGAAGAGGCACGCGGGUAUUAGUAUACAGGGAUACCGGCCCGCCACAGCAGCGACAAAAGCAUCUGGUCAAGAAUUUGGGAUCAAUUUUUCCCGGCCAUUAGGAGGUUGGGUUAAGAAACCCAGCUCAGCGGGUGGAUCCUGCACGACAUCGCCCGCGGUAAUUAUCAGUCAAUGCUUGAUGGUUGCGAUGAAAUUCGAAACCUGUCAGUGGAAUAUAGGUGAAAACGUUGUGUAGUUGUAGCAGUAAACCAAUAAAGCUGACCCUCGACCCGAAACUGGUUUCUUUUUAGUUCGCCGUUGGUGGUACUGCUGUAGUGGGAGUAGUAUUGUGGCCGUUUUUGCUGGCUCUCUCGAUGCUCACGACUGCGUGCCUCCUGUAUUGGUGAAGGGGCUGCUGUCUCUUUGGACGUAGAAAGACCAAGAAGCGCGAGGACGCAUGGGUGGACGACAAUCCACGGGGACUAACCCUGGAGAGGUACUUCCAAGGUAGCAGGGGCAAGUUUUCUCUUUUUCCCUUUCCACGCCGAGGAUACUUUCAACCUUACUUCAACGUGAUGGAUGUCUAUGUAUAUCUAUUAAUAGCUGUCUUCUUUAUUCCUAACUUGUGGGAGGGAUCGGAUUUCUCAGUCGCAGAAGGUGCAUGACAAAUCAACAAGCGUGGUGGCGGUGUGAUCUGAAGCCGCGGGGUUGUGGGCGGGUUACAUCAUGGUCGCGGCUCCAGCUGGUCGAUUUUCUUUUUUUUUUGCCAUGGUGCAGCUGGCUGCCGCCGUUCGGCAUUUUUCUCGAUCGAGUUUUGCGGGGUGUUGGGGCUGAGGUUGCUGGGUGUACAGUUAGCGAAGACUUGGCAGUCGAGAAUGAAGCCUCGAGAAACUACAAUUAGUUUGGAAGAACAUUGUUGAGGUCGGUGAAAAACCCGCGCAUAAACCUACUCAAGUAGCGGCCCUUCGUAGGAUAGCGCUGUGGACUACUUGAGAACCCCAGCGUCGGCCAACUAGACGUUCUUAAGGGCGGGCGUUCCGUGCAUGUGUGUAAUGUAAUGUGUUGUCGACGAUGGAAGGAGGUUUUGUCAAAGGGUGUCACUGAAAGUGGGUCUCCUGCCAGGCAGACGUCCCCCCCGCGCUCCGGUGUUUGCCAUCG